UGUUCAUAUUUUCAUUUGGAGCUGUGGAUUGUGAACGGGUGAGGAGAGGCCGUGGUUGUAGGUAGAUUGAUAUUGGAAGCCUGAAACAACUAAAAUGGAGGAAGAACUCUCCUACUUACAAGAACUUAUGGUGGAGAAAGAUAGUUUGGAUCCUGCCUUUGUUCAUGCACAAAGGCUUCUUUCAAGAGAAAUAUCAAGAGUCAAAGAAUUGGGUGACAGCGUGAAAACGGAAGAAGAAGGCAGCGAUAUGAAUUCACAAGCAACUAGUUAUAAUGGAAAACCCACAUCGCCUAUGGCAGGAUCAGAGCCACCAAACUCUUCACAAGAUUCUCAAGGAAAACAGCCUGGUAGUCGCAAAUACAGGAGGCCUGGGGAGUAUGUCACUGAAGACGUCAUCAAGUUGAGCGAGAAAGUCAUCGUGCCCGUGAAGGAAUUCCCAAAGUUUAACUUCGUCGGUAAAUUACUUGGACCUCGAGGGAAUACACUGAAGCGGCUGCAGGCGCAAACUGGCACCAAGAUGUCAGUCUUGGGAAAAGGAUCAAUGAGGGAUAAAGAAAAGGAAGAUGAAUUACGAGAUAGCGGUGAUCCGAAAUACGCCCAUUUAACGGAUCCGUUACACGUGCUAAUCGAAGUCGAAGGGGUCCAGUCAGAAGCACAUUUAAGGCUGGCAGGUGCACUCUCGGAGAUAAAAAAAUACAUGACGCCGGAGAACGAUGAUAUAAGGGUACAACAGAUGCAAGAGAUGGCCUACUUGCAGAGCCUUGAGAAUCAUGACACAGUACCACCUCUACCACCACAAAUGACAGCCAUGACGAUGACGCAGAUCCCUAUAGCUGCGCAGCCGGUCGUCCGUGGAAGGGCGAGGCCCGUGUUGCGGGGCGCCCCUGCUGCGAUGGCAAGGGGGAUACGAGGCGUAAGAGUUCCAAGUGCUGCUCAUCGUGGUGGUAGAUGGGUCGGAGCAGUGAGAAUGCCCAUUCCUGUUUCAAGAAGCCUCGGACGGGCGAUCGUCACACACGUGGCUGCACCACGCCAUGCUGCGCAAGCGCCUGGACAUCGCGCCGAACCAAUCACAGUAACAACAUCAUCAGAGUACGAGACGUACGACCCAACAUAUGACUCAGCAUAUGAUGCUGCCUACGCAGAGGGAGCGACUGAAAGCGUUUACUACGAUUACUCUGGUGCAGAGGCGUACGAAUACGCUCCCACGAGCAGUGCGGGUUUUCAAACUUCAACAACGUAUAAAGCGCAGCCAGUAAGACAAAUGAAGAGGGUCGCUAGGGAGGCGACUUAUCCGUAUUGAUCACCACCAAGCUAAAUAUAAAUGAUGAGAAGACUGGACUCUAAGUGUUGUUAUGUAGUUUUGCUAGAGCGUGUGUAACCUCCGUUUUAAACUGUCAAGGGUAGAUAUUUUAUAACCAGAUGCUCCUUUUCAUAUCCUAACUUGUAAGACUAGGCCCUAAAGGACAGAUUUAAAAUAUAUUAAUUAUCAAAUAAACGCUACGACAUAAAGAAAACCACAGGUAUGCAUCGACAAGAUAGCAACUGCUUACACAAAGUCCAUCUAAAUAGUUAGAACUGAAUGAAAACUGGCGCUUUGCGUCUCAAAAACGUCUUUUAAAAGAAUCCAGGUUAACACAUAAUUUCAGUUAUAAAUUCAAUAUAACCAUGUUAGGCUGUAAAACGGGGUCCACGAUAAUACUUCUCAAAUGCUAAAUUCUUGCAUUUAAACUUGUCUAGACAGUCGAAGACGAAUAGUUUCAGACGGAGAUAAAUGCUAAUGCUUUAGUGGCUCGUGAAUCUAUAAACGCUUCUAAUCUAAUUACUCUUUUCAAGAUCAUGUUAAAACCGGGUUUUUGCCCCAGCAGAACCGCUUGUCAAUUUUAAAGGCACCUGAAUAUCGCUCAACCUUAUUUCAUAUGUUAAACUCUUAUUUUAAUAGAUGUUACUUAAUACUUUGACAUCAUCAACUUCAAAUGAACAAUCAACUUUAAAUUGUAUCUUUAAAUUGAACAAAUAAAAUAGCUGGUGUUGUGUUAAAUACCUAAAAUUAUGUCAUACAAAUAACUUUACAUGAAUUAAAAGUUUGGUAUUCCUGAUUCAGCUCUUGGUGUCCAAUUUCUUCAAAUUUCAUUGCUGCUUAAAUCUAAUUCUGUUGCGAAACAGUUUCAAUGUAAUAUUAAUUUGUUUAAAGCGUCACACAACUUAAACAAUGAUUUUCCCAUAACACUUUUCCCAGUUUUAACCGUAACCUUAAAAGCAAUAUCCCUGUAGUGACUGCGCAGAUCUGUGAAGUUCCGGUAUUCCUAGCGAAAUGACCCCAUUGACCGCUGGCUCCGCGGUUUGCUGACAUCAGAAGUUUGUGUUUCAGCGCUGUGGCUCAUUCUUUCUGUCACUUUCUUUCAUUCUAUUUAUUCAUGCUGUUCUCAUCAAGUUUCACUCAUUCGUACUGUACUGUCACUUUAUAAACUUUAGCCUUCCAUGUAUCGCUUUGAUGUCACUUUGAAAGAAUUUCCAUUGCCCUUGCGCAAAAUUUCUAACAGAAAAGUACUUUCAUCUUUCAAUAACCUGGCACAUCCAUUUGCUCGUGUCAUGUAACUUCACUAUCUACCUUCGCCCUGCUACACUGGUAAUAUUGAAAAUUGCAUAAUGAUUUACCAUGUUAACAAGCUAAAGUUUUAAAAUCUCCAGCAUUUAAUCGUUGCAACUACAAUACUGUCUCGGUAACUCGAGUCUCAGAGUUUCAAGUUUUAAACUUUAUUUACUUCGAUUAGCAAAAGCGUUAAACACACGAUGCCAAAAUGACAGUGGUAAGUUGGAUCAAAUAUUAUAUAUUAAAAUUUUGGCAUGAAGGCCUUAAAAAUCUUCGAAUGAAAUUAAAGGGCGUUUCGGCUUAACACGAGUCAAUCUUCAACAUAUCUUCAGAAUAAAAGUUUUUUUAAAAACGGUACAGGAAAGGAGUUUAGUCUUAAUUUGCACAAUAGUACUUUAGAUAAUCAUCACAUUGUGAGUAACAAGAAAUUUAAAUAUUGCAACAUAAAUUGCGACCAUGCAGUUGAUGUGACCUAAAUAAGGAUGUGACCUAAAUUUCUAAUUACAUAACUUUGAGAAUUAAACCAUCUAAAGGGGUUAAAUUACUAGUAAUUUUUUUCCUGGGGACUAUUUUUUAGCAAACAAGAAGCUUCCACAUCUAGGAUUUUUCGUCUAUUGGUCACUUAAAUUGAAUAGACGGAUUCUAAAUAUUAGGGAUAAGAAAAGUUUAUUGGGAUAUGAAAACUAGAAUGCGGCUUAGAAUGCAAAGUAGGAUUUUGAAAUGUUUUGAUACUCGUUAAAAAGUUGUAUACUUAUUUGAGUUGAAAUCAAUGUUUAACCGUCGUUUUGUGUGCCCCACGCAUCGCCUGGCGAUAAAAUCCAAUCAGGCCACAUUCUAUUUCCUAUUUUCUGUUUCCUUUCGGUUUUUUGCUUUGUCUAUUUCCGCUAGUUAACUCCAAAGUUGAAGCCCUACUUAGACGCCCCCAGCGCAUGACAAAAACCUAGUGAUGCGCGGCGUCUUCAAGCAGUGUACAAAACCAGCACGUGGUCAAUUGAUUUUAUCGCCCAGGUUCAAGAACGUUGUUUCUAUUGCUUAAAAAUCGUAAGCUAGUUCUUUCCAGAACUGUGAUUGCCUGAUUCCAUUAUCAUUGCUGACAGUGUGUCAUUUUUAGAAAUGUUUUUCAUGUUUCGUAUUUUUGAAAUAUUUUCUAUUUUUAUACUGGAAUGGCGUUUGUUAUCAGUAUUUUAUUCAUAUUACUACGGGGCUCCAGUUUUCGAUCUUUUAGUAGCCUAUGUUUGUAUGAAGGCAUGAUAGUUUUCUAUGCAGGUUUUGUAACUUCAUGAAGGUUUUGUAACUUCAUGCAGGUUUUGUAACUUCAUGCAGGUUUUGUAACUUCCAUCAGCCACUUACAAACUGUACGUAAACAAACAA